AUGGCUCUUAUUCUCCCGCCCCUUUACCGACCAUUCUCUCUCUCUCUCUGCUCGCUGCUGUGACAGUGUGACCACUGAUCAUUUAUAUCUUAAGCAAUCUCACAGAUGCUUUCUCACACUCUCUCGAGUCUCACUUCUACUGUCAAUCUCCCUCGCUAGCUAUGCAACAUCACUAUCACCAUCGUAGCCAAUCACAUUUGUCCGCCGGAGUUCCCACCACUCCCGGCGGCGAAACCCAGCUCGCCUCCGAGGCCAAGCUGGGAAAGAAGCGUGGAAGUUACAACUGUGGUCGUUGUGGCCUACCUAAGAAGGGUCACUCUUGCCAUGUUGCCAUAACCACCGCUGCCAUCGAAAGCACUCCAACGCACGCCGAUUCGUCUGUAGCGAUCUCGGCGACUUCCUCCCUCUCCACCACGCGCCCCCCACCUCUGCGGCAGCAUUGCUCCAACCUACGCCGUGCGCUCUCCUUCGAUGAUGACGUCGAAGACGUCCGCGGAGGCUUCCCCGAGCCCGAGGCCGCCUACGACGAGGAGGACUUGCAAUUCGACGAUCCAUUUCCGGAUCCGGAUUCGGGCGGGUUUCCGCCGGGUUGUUUGUGGGAGAUACUGAGGAGGUUGCCGCCGGUAGGGCUUUUGGCAGCAGCAAGAGUGUGCAAGGGGUGGAGGGAGACGGCAAGGAAGCUAUGGAGGGCCGCGGAGGAGCUCAGGUUAAGGGUUCCAGCCAGAGCUCAGGUUGGGUUUGUUGGAUCGGUGUUGCAGAAAUGCCCUGGGCUCGUGAGGCUCUCGCUUAGAAUGGAAAGUGAUGUGGAUGCAACAAUGCUAGCUUGUAUUGCAUUCUCAUGCCCUAAUCUGGAAUUUAUGGAGAUCUUGAAAUCUGAUACUGCGAUGAAUCGGAUCACCGGUGAUGAAUUGGGCCGUUUCGUUGCUGAUAAACGAUGUCUCAGAAGCCUUAAGAUGGAAGGGUGUUCUAAUUUAGGGGGUUUUGUUCUUUGUUCGUCCAGUCUUUCCACACUUUGGCUUUCCGAUCUAUUCUCCCUCUCCAAGACGGUUUUUAACUGCCCAAAUCUGAAAGAGAUUUCCCUGGAAUUUUCUCGUCAACAAAAUGAUAGUACCAAUCUAACCUCCAUGGUUGAUGGUUUGGGAAGGUAUUGCCCAAGGUUGCAAAACAUACACAUCGCAUCCCUCCAGCUUUCGCAUUCUGUUGUGCUUGCUCUUACAGGUGCACAGUUGAGGUGGUUGCGAAUGCUUUCACUGGUUCUUGGAUCUGAAAUCACUGAUGCAUCCGUUGCGGCCAUUGCUUCAAGCUAUCCAAACCUAGAAUUGCUUGAUCUGAGCGGAUCAAGCAUUAGUGAUAGUGGCAUUGGAAUGAUAUGCAAUGUGUUCCCUGAAACACUUUCGAGGCUUCUCCUUGCUCUUUGUCCCAACAUUACAUCAAGUGGCAUUCAGUUUGUCACAGCUCAAUUGCCUCUUCUUGAACUCAUGGACUGUGGCAUGACCAUAUGUGAUCCCAAUUCUGAAAAUCCACUCCCCGGUGAAAGCAAUGAUUGGGAAUUAAAGAACAUUUCAAAAACCAAACUACACCUUAUUCACCAGAAGCUGAUUAUCAAGCACAACCGGCUGAAAAAACUCAGUUUGUGGGGUUGUUCUGGCUUAGAUGCUCUAUAUCUAAACUGCCCAGAACUGAACGAUCUGAAUCUAAACUCUUGUAAGAAUCUGCAUCCAGAGAGAUUGCUACUUCAGUGCGGAAAUUUAGAAAGUGUGCAUGCAUCAGGAUGUCAAGAGCUGUUGAUUGAAGCCAUUGAAAGUCAGGUCAGCAAUGACUUGUUGGGCAUGGAAAAUGUAUUACCGUGUAAACGCUUAGCUGAUGGAUCCAAAAGGGUUCAGGUUCCUCACUUCCUCAGUGCACAGUCUUAUGAUGACGAUAAGAAGCAGAGGGUGAAAAGACAGCGAUGUAAUGUUCUUGUGAGAUGAUCACGAACAUUUGUAGACGUGGUGCGGUCUCGCAAGUUUUGUUAUAUUAAUCUUCUGUGGCUGUGUGCCCCAUGUAAUAUUCAAACUGUUUAUCAUUGUUCAAAUCCUGAUAGGGACUGGUGCCUUGUAGAUUUGCCUUUCCCUUAACAAAAGGAAGAACUAAUUGUUGUUUAGUUUCAAACUUUAAAGUCAUUGGAAAGAAGCAUUGGCUGACCAUUGGAUUUAUCAGUUUCAUUUAUCUCCCUGAAUAAAAAGAUCUGCAAUUUUGCACA